UUUAUCGUUUUUUUUUGUUGUUACCGGUGAAGAAAUUUAUAAUAAUAUGUACUUAAAAUACCAAAUUCAUUUACAGUACAUAAAUUAAUUUAUCCUGCUUUUAAAAUUGACAUAGAUAAGUUGCAAUUAUGAUAUUCCAAAUUGCGUUAUUAGUAACUACUGUGAAAUUCCUGUUUAUACCUCUGUACCGAUCAACAGAUUUCGAGGUCCAUAGAAAUUGGCUAGCAGUUACUCACAAUCUUUCUUUAGAGAAAUGGUAUUACGAAUCGACAUCAGAGUGGACUUUAGAUUAUCCACCCUUGUUUGCAUGGCUGGAAUACGGUUUGUCCCAUAUCGCUAAGUGGUUCGAUCCACAAAUGUUACACAUAACAAAUUUAAACUAUGAUUCUGAUAUGACAGUACUUUUCCAACGAUUGUCUGUUAUUGUACUGGAUUUAAUAUACAUAUUAAGUGCAAAAAGCUGUGCAAGUCUAGUAAGCAAUGGUAAGCUUCUGGUUUUUAUAUUGUUGGUGUCUAACCCAGGAUUGCUAAUGGUGGAUCAUAUACAUUUUCAAUACAAUGGAUUCAUGUAUGGAUUUUUGCUGUUUUCUAUUUCAAACAUGAUAAGGAGUAAGUACAUUCAGGCAGCAAUUUGGUUUGCACUUCUAUUGAACUUGAAACAUAUAUAUUUAUAUGUGGCGCCAGUAUAUGUGGUGCACCUGUUAAGAGCUUACUGUUUCACAGUAUCCUCCAAUGACGGUAUUCAUACAGCAUGGUACUCAUUCUCCAUCAUUAAUUUAUUCAAAGUGGCAGUAGCAGUAAUAACUGUUUUUGCUGUGUCAUUUGGACCUUUCAUUGACCAUUUGCCACAGGUAUUAUCCAGACUGUUUCCAUUCAAGAGAGGAUUAUGUCAUGCUUAUUGGGCACCAAACUUUUGGGCAUUAUACAAUUUUUGUGAUAAAGUUCUUCAGCACGCAUUGCCAAAGUUUGGUAUUGAAGUACCAAAGAUGGAAGCUGCCAUGACCGGAGGCCUUGUGCAAGAAUACGCUCAUGCUGUCCUGCCUUCCAUCAAACCGAGCGUCACUUUCAUUCUGACAGCCGUUUCUAUGUUUCCCGCUCUCGUCAAAUUGUGGUAUCUGGGUGCUGACCGAAAGUACAGGGUACUCAGUUUUGUCAGAUGCCUUGUGGUUUGUGCCACUUGUUCCUUUAUGUUUGGAUGGCAUGUUCAUGAAAAAGCAAUCCUCAUGAUUCUAAUACCUCUAAGUUUCUUGGCUGUCCUGGGUGAUGUAGACGGAAAACUGUUUCUGAUCUUAACCACAGUUGGACAUUACUCAUUAUUCCCAUUGCUUUACCCAAAAAAUCUACUAUCGAUCAAGAUAUUUAUGUUGUUAACACACAUCGCCAUAGCAUUUGGUAAUAUACCGUCUUUAUAUGAAGUUGUGGUGAAGACAAAAGGCAUUAAAAAGAGACGUGGGUUCAUGCGAUUACCUAUGCUCGGACCAAUAGAAUCAUUAUACAUUUAUGGAUUAUUAGUUGUUUGUAUUUAUGAAAACGCCCUGCAUGUAGCCUGGGGCUUAGAAAAAUCUUUACCAUUUUUACCUCUAAUGUUUACAUCCGUGUAUUGUAGUUUAGGUGUUAUCUAUUUUUGGAUUCGUUAUUAUCAUUAUUUCCUUACUUUUAAUUUAAGUAGACUUCCUAUAGUAGGUGCAAUGAAUUUAAGUCAAUAUGUGAAAAAAGCUAAUUAAAAUUAUUUAUUGAUAAUGA